GGAAAAUUUGGCAAUUUACCAAAAAUUUGAAAAAUAUUAAAUUAUCCUAUUUAAAUUUUCACGUUUUGCUCAACCGCUUCUGGUUCGUUUUUUAAAAAUUUAUUUCUGUACUUACGAUUUCUAAAAAUGCCAACUUGUAUGAAGACUAAUUCACAAAAAGUGAUUUUUACAAAAAAUGGAGCUGUGGCAACUCGAAAAAUUGAAGAUCCUACUUCUUUCACUAUGUCGUAUAAUUGUGUGAACAAUUAUCUUGCUGAUGCAUCUUGUGAUCCUCAAAGAAUGACUGUAACAUGUUGCCAAUCGGAAAAUGGAAGGAAUUUUGUUUCAUUUGCAAUCAGUGAAGUUUCUCGUCGAACUGCUACAGAAUUAGUCGAUUCAAAAUAUUUUGAAGCUGCGUUCAAUUCGGCUGAUAAUCGGAAAUCGCUUCGUAAUGCUUGUGAAAAAGCAAAACGAUUUUAUAUGGAGCACAUUCUCUACCACAAUCCAUUUCCCCCGAAACAACGUUUCUCGUGUGUUAUUGAAAAAUCAAAGAAGACAAAGAAAGAGGUAUCAAAUAAAAGAUCUGAUGAAUUCUUGGUCAGAACCAGAAGAACUACAUCAAGUAUAUCAGUAUUGGAAGGUACAAUGUCUUUGACUUCAAUGUCUUCACAUAGUCAACUCUCGACGACAACGCCAUCGACUCCGAUUAACUUGAAACAGGCAAGCCCUCAUCCUAGUCACGUUCCGAACGAUUCUCAAAUGGUUAUUCAAAAAGCUCCAACUCCAGCUCCAGCAAAAACACCAAAGAAAGGAGCAUCAGAUGAGCAACGACUUAUGAACACAUUUAACACUUCUGAAUACUAGGACCAUUUUUAUUAGAAGAAAAAUAAAUUAUGAAGAGAUGG